AUGUUAAGAAAGUCAGAUAACAAUACCAACAACAAUGAUACUAUCGUCGAAAGCUGUGAAAAAUAUACCUCGAUACCCCACUUUCCUGCUUGCUUAGGCGGUGAAUGGAAGAACGUUGUCAAGUUUCCUUACUUGAAAACAACGAUGAGAUUUAAAGCCGGUACUUCUUUGCCUCCUCAUCAUUUUCCUACUAUGUCACGUAUUACUGUCCUUUCUGGCUCUAUUCAAAUCGAUGACUUGCAAAGCAGUCAAGCAUACAUCUUGCGUGAAACUGAAGACUGUGUCAUUCCCGCUUUGUUGGUACAUGAAAUUCAGUUUUUGGAAGACGUAGAGUUUGAAUUUGAAUUAAACUCGAAUGAAAUGAUCAUCUAUUGGGACCUUGAAGAACGUUAG